AAUUAUAUUGUGAUUUAUCUGAUAUAUCACACAAAUCAAUUGAAUUGGUCGAUGAUAAUGUUGCAUACACUGGUGGUCUAGCUCAAAGCGCGCGUCCGGGGAACAGAUUAUUUCAUGGAUUUGCGUGUAGCAGCGAGAGAGAAGACCGAGAGAGCUAACGACGUGCUUGUGUAUUGUCACUGGAAGAAACAGCGGCAAAGAGCAAUGCAGAUCGACGAUUAUUCCAAUUGAAGGUCUUGCUUGACUUGUGCUACUGGGCCAUUGGACGUUCUUUGUGAUAAAACACUGAAUGCUUUCAAUAGGCAGUCUCUUCUUUCAUUGGAGAGAGAAGACCAUAGCUGUGCUGGGGGAAACGGUGGGAAAUCUAGGCUGAUGAUCACAGCACUCCAGCGGGUACAGACCUAGACAGAGGAGGCUGACUGGGUGGAUCCCGUAGCCAGACAGGGUGCACUCCUCUGGGGGAUGGAAGCAGCAGGAUUCCCCUGUGAGUGCCACAGAUCUCCAUGGUGUGAUUGUGUAGAAGAAGAAGAAUAGCCCUGCUGUUAUCUCAUCCCUCCUUUCCUCUCUUCAUCCCUCUCUCCCCCUCCCCUGCUCAUUGAGGAUGAGAGUGAGGUGGGACUACACGUCACCUGCAAUAGCAGACUCGCACAGAGAGAGGGUCAUGCCUAGGUCACUCUUCCUCUUGCUUCUCUUCCUCUCAUCCCUCUGCUCCACCUGUCUGUCUAUCCAUGCGGAGACAGCAGAGAGCCACAGUACGUUUACAUGUGAGCCAGUAGGACUGCGGAUGUGCCAGGACCUGCCUUACAACGCCACCUUCAUGCCCAACCUCCUCAACCACUACGACCAGCAGACGGCCGCACUCGCCAUGGAGAUGAUCUUGACCCCGUCUGAAUCACCCGAAAACAUCACAUGGGGAAAACCAACCAGCCCUUCCACCCCAUGGUGAACCUGCAGUGUUCGGAGGACCUGAGGAUGUUUCUGUGUGCCCUCUACGCUCCAGUCUGUAUGGAGUAUGGCCGCGUGUCCAUGCCCUGCCGAGCCCUGUGCCACCGCGCUAAGAGAGACUGCCACAAACUCAUGGAGAUGUUUGGGGUGGCCUGGCCAGACGAAACAGAGUGUAGCAGGUUCCCAGACUGUGACGAGCCCUACCCCCGUGCGGUGGACCUCCAGACCAGUGCAAAUCCCACCGAUAUCUCUCCCAUGUCUGUCCAGAGGGAUUUCGGCUUCUGGUGCCCCCGCAAGCUCAAAAUGGAACCCGACCUGGGCUACUCAUUCCUGGGCGUGAGGGAGUGCUCGCCCCCCUGCACCAACAUGUACUUCCAGCGCCCGGAACUCACCUUUGCCCGCUACUUCAUCGGCGUGGUUUCCAUCGUCUGUCUCUCGGCAACACUCUUCAGCUUCCUCACCUUCCUCAUCGACGUCACGAGGUUCCGCUACCCGGAGCGGCCAAUCAUCUUCUACGCCGCUUGCUACAUGAUGGUGUCGCUUGUGUUCUUCCUGGGCUUCCUAUUGGAGGACAGGGUGGCUUGCAACGCAGCGAGCCCCACCCAGUACCGGGCGGCCACCAUCACACAGGGCUCCCACAACAAGGCAUGCACGCUGCUGUUCAUGGUGCUCUACUUCUUCACAAUGGCGGGAAGCGUGUGGUGGGUCAUCCUCACCAUUACCUGGUUCCUGGCGGCCGUGCCCAAGUGGGGCAGCGAGGCCAUCGAGAAGAAGGCCCUUCUCUUUCACACCUGUGCCUGGGGCCUGCCCGGCUGCCUCACCGUGGCCCUGCUGGCCCUCAACAAGAUCGAGGGCGAUGGCGUGAGUGGCGUGUGCUUCGUGGGCCUCUACGACGUCACGGCGCUGCGCUGGUUCCUGCUGGCGCCGCUCUGCCUCAACGUGGCGGUGGGUGUGGCUCUGCUUCUGACGGGGAUCGUGGCGCUUAACCGUGUGCGUAUGGAGAUCCCUCUGGAGAAGGAGAACCAGGACAAGCUGGUGAAGUUUAUGAUCCGUAUCGGGGUGUUCUCUGUGCUUUACCUGGUGCCCCUGCUUACGGUCAUCUCCUGCUACCUGUAUGAACACAGCUACAGGUCUGUCUGGGAGACCACCUGGGUCCAGGAGCGCUGCAGAGACUACCACAUACCCUGUCCCUUCCAGGUUGAGCAGACCAGUCGUCCAGACCUGGCCCUGUUCCUCAUUAAGUACCUGAUGAUGCUGGUGGUGGGGAUUCCCUCAGUUUUCUGGGUGGGCAGCAAGAAGACCUGCUUCGAAUGGGCCAGCUUCCUACACAGACGCAGAAACAAAGAUAGUGGGGUGAAUGAGAGCAGACAGGUGCUCCAGGAGCCAGACUUUUCCCAGUCUCUACUGAGGGACCCCCACACCCCCAUCAUCAGGAAAUCACGGGGAACCUCCACCCAGGGCACCUCCACCCAUGCCUCCUCCACUCACCUGGCCAUCCUGGACGAGCCUGACGACCCUAGACAUGCCCCUGAUGACCGCAGACCAAUCCACUCGCUGGGCCACACUUCCUCCAACCUCAGCAAGGCUGGCAGCGUGCACAGCAAGACCAGUUACCAUGGCAGUCUACAUCGCUCCCGAGACGGACGCUACACCCCCUGUAGUUACCGAGGCGGCGAGGAGCGCACUCUACCCCCCCACGGCAGCACGCCCCGCCACGACCACAGCCUCCACGGUCUGGAUGCCCAGUCACAACACAGCAGCCAGUGUGAUCUCUCCGUGGCCACACCCACCCUUAUCACCCACGGGACGAGCUUCGGCCGUGUCACUAAUAAUGGUGACAAUGGAGCCAGCGCCUAACCGGAAACAGGAAAUUAUGUCAUCACUGCUGAACAGGAAGUUGUCAGUUGUCCCGCUCCCCACCUUCGACAUACACACAGGUCCAUCCCAUUCAGGAGGAAUGUGUGAGAGAGGAAGUGGGGCCUUCAGUUUGACUGACAGAUGGAUCACUCCUGGACAGCUUUUCACAGAUGUUGCUAAGUAGCGAGAUGCUAACCCUCAAUCAGUCAGUUGGACUUGGAUUGGACUCUCUAUAGAGGGAAUGGCUUCAUGGCCAGAAAGCCAGCCCACUAUGAAUGAGGGGGAUUGUGUGUGUACUCUGAUACACACCAAGAGACCCAGAGAUGAGCUGAUAAGGUCUACUCUGUGUGUGUGUUACAGUGCUCUUUUGCUGUGGUUGUGAAACAAGACUAUUAUAUUUUUUUAUACUGUGAAGAUUGGCCGUGAGUACUGCUGAAAAUAUGAGCGUGAGUGUACUUGUAGUGCAGUACUAUACUCCCACCUGGUGGAGAGAAACUAUAGAAGCUAGGAGAGAUCAAUGCCUAGGCCCUACUUCCUAGGCACUCCUGUAGGUCAGUAAGGAUGAAUAGGGUUCAAUAAUAAGGUCAUUUCUUCAACUUGUCUUAUGAUAUGAUAGGUGAAAAACAUUUGGGGCCGAUUGCUUCAGAAGUGCGUAGGGAAUAGUUGCUAGGGAUCGAUUUGGGAUUCUGAAAGUUAGGGAAAAAUAGGGAAGGACAGAUGGAGGUUGGAGUAGUGCUUAUUAUGCUGCUGCUUCAGAGCUAAGCAGAGAGGGAUGUGGGGGAUGGGAGGGGGGGGUGUAUCCGAAGUCUUUGCUAUUGACAAGCGCUGUGUGAAACAACAGAGGAUCUGUACCCCUAACACUGGAAGAAAGGACUACUGGAAGAAUACACUGGGGAGGAGGAGGAAUGCACUGGGGAGGAGGAAUACACUGGGGAGGAGGAGGAAUACACUGGGGAGGAAGAGGAAUGCACUGGGGAGGAGGAGGAAUACACUGGGGAGGAGGAGGAAUGCACUGGGGAGGAGGAAUACACUGGGGAGGAGGAGGAAUACACUGGGG